AAAGAAACUCAAAGAAUUCAUCGAGAAUCGGAGUCGGAGAGAAAACAAAAAGCGUUCUUAGAAUCUCCGCUGAUUUUAUUUAUUUAUUUAUUUCAUAAACAAAUACGACUGACUUUCUCUCUGAAAAACUAGGGUUUGAAUCUUAACAAUCUAUCGAGGGAAGAAGAAGAAGAACUUCUCUGUCUUUCAUCUUCAAAAAUGGCGUUCUCUUCUCUCGUCAGAUAUUCAGCUCCUCCUCCUUCUUUACAUUGCUCGCGUUCCGAUAUCUCAAUGCCGCCGUCGAUCUCCCGCCGACCGACUUAUCCAUCAAAGGAUUUUAGACAUGGUUUCAAUCACAAGCUGUGCUCCACGAAACUUGAGUCAGGCAUUUUCGGUCCUGUUGUUCCUGACUGCUCAUCUAGCUUAAGGACUAAUCAGCCGAUCAAAGCUACUGCAACUGAAAUGCCUCUUACAUCUCAACGCCCGAAAAUUGCUGAGAAGACAAGAGUUGGAAUCAAUGGUUUUGGUCGGAUAGGAAGGCUGGUUUUGCGAAUAGCAAUCUCCAGGGAUGAUAUGGAUGUUAUCGCUGUCAAUGAUCCCUUUAUUGAUGCAAAAUACAUGGCUUAUAUGUUUAAAUAUGAUUCCACCCAUGGAGUAUUUGAUGGAAUCAUUAAGGUGUUGGAUGAAUCAACAUUGGAGAUUAAUGGGAAAGAAGUUAAAAUUACCAAUAAAAGAGACCCUGCAGAAAUUCCUUGGGGAGAUUAUGGGGUUGAUUAUGUAAUUGAAUCUUCUGGAAUUUUCACAACAUUAGAGAAGGCUUCUGCUCAUAUGAAGGGUGGUGCCCGAAAGGUGAUAAUAUCUGCUCCUUCUGCUGACGCACCCAUGUUUGUUGUUGGAGUAAAUGAGACUACAUACAAUCCAAGCAUGGAUAUUGUAUCUAAUGCUAGUUGCACAACAAACUGCCUUGCUCCUCUCGCCAAGGUGGUUCACGAGGAAUUUGGCAUAGUAGAAGGUCUAAUGACAACUGUGCAUGCAACCACAGCAACACAAAAGACAGUAGAUGGCCCGUCAAUGAAGGAUUGGCGUGGGGGGCGUGGCGCUGGACAAAACAUCAUUCCAAGUUCAACCGGAGCAGCAAAGGCUGUUGGGAAAGUUCUGCCGGAACUUAAUGGAAGACUAACAGGAAUGGCUUUUCGUGUCCCAACACCCAAUGUCUCUGUGGUUGACUUAACAUGUCGAAUUGAGAAGAGCGCGUCUUAUGAUGAUGUCAAAGCAGCCAUAAAGUAUGCUUCGGAAGGGCCACUGUUGGGCAUUCUGGGUUACACAGACGAGGAAGUGGUCUCCAGCGAUUAUGUUGGAGACACAAGGUCAAGUAUAUUUGAUGCAAAGGCUGGAAUGGGUCUGAGUUCCAAUUUCAUGAAGCUAGUUUCGUGGUAUGACAAUGAGUGGGGUUAUAGCAAUAGAGUGUUGGACUUGAUAGAGCAUAUGGCUCUGGUGGCAGCCAACAAUUCCUAGGUUUUUGUUUAAGAUAUAUAAUAUUUAUCAUAAUAGCUUAGCAUGACUCCUAAUAGUCAUUCUAGCUUCGUGGUGAGUUGACUUUUUUUUUUUUUUAUGGAUCC